CAGUCAGCGUAGCACAGACACAGAAGUGCUUCCGGUUAAGGAUGCUGAAGAAGUCAAACUUUUUAAGAACUAAAACUCUAUGAAGAUCUACCAAGAAAGCGACUAGACUGUCACGGUUUAAGGUUUAACGGAUAGAGUGAUAACUUAGAGAAUGGUCAUAAAUACAUUACGGUUGACAAGAAACGACAUUUCUAGCUAAAAUAUUUCUAUUGGCUAAUUACUAUCUGAUUCUCAGCAGUCAAGUUUGCUCGAGUGUCUACAUUGCUGUACUGGGUGACGAUGUAAAAUAUUUCGGCUGUUAAUGUAACAGCCCAUAAAUGUAUCUGGCUAGCUAGCGAAAUGUUACAAUAACUUGUAUGGUUGCAGUCCACUUCGUUGUGUCAGCCAUCUAUUUGGAAAUAUAACGUUAGCUAACGAUAUAUUUUUGGCUUGCUACACGUCGAUAUCAUCUCCUUGCUGAGUAUAACCGUGCUAUACUUGCAAGCGUCGGCUUUUAGUUCGCAAUGGAGUGUAGUUCAUCAGUGAGCUUUGUACAGCCACCGCAAAAAUCAGUUGACCUUGUGCGCCCUCAUGCUAAGUCACGACCAACAAGAAAAAAUGUCAGUAUGUCAAUAAUCUCUAGACGAUAUGGUAUUUUCUCCAAAGAUGCUGGAACAUUGCUCAGAAAAAAUAUGAAAAUUCUUCGACAAAUUGUUCUUCAGGACACCACGAAUUUCACAAAGGUCUGGGCAAUGCAUUCAAAGUCCCCAAUCGCAUAUGAAAGUGGAAGAAUUUACUUUGAAAACUACCGGUGUUGCUACAGUAGUUGUCCUUCUAAGCCACAAUUCCUUUAUGAAUUACCAAAACGCACCAAGGCGGAAAAGUUAGAAGAUGCAUUAUUGUGUCAAUGUCCGCUUAGUGAAGCGCUAUCUAAACCCUCUGACCAAAACCCCUGUCUGCUUGCACUGGCUGCCGAUAACUGGUUAUAUCGCUUCUCAAUAAAGACGGGAGAGCAAUUGCAGAAAGUCUAUCUCUCUCCACAUCAUAAAUUCAGGUACCUUGGUUGGGAUGUCUCUCAGGAAACAUUCUACAUCAAAUCUGUCCAGAAUAAACAGACACCCCUGGUAAGACAGGCAGGUGUUGAUCAGAGCACUCUUCUGUACCUGGCAGUGUUUAAGGUUGUACCAUUGGAGCUUGUGGGUGUUUUGGAGAUCAGCAGAAGGGUGUUUGGGUGCUCUGUUGUGGAUGUGAUUCUGUCACAAGGGGUCUUGGCAGUUUCUUACAGUUCUAAGGUGGUGAAGCUGUACAGUUUUGAAAACAUUGUACAAAAGUACACGACAAAGAAGCUUGUGCUUGGAGAGCGGUGCGAAUGGAAUGGAGUUUGGGCGACCAUAGGGGAACCUCCGUUUGGCAUUCCGGUUAACAUCUCCAUCAGUGAUGAUAUUCCUGUGUUGUUUGAGAUGUCAUGUUUCAAUAAUGGGAUCCAGAUCGGGGGCCACCCCUGGCACUACAUCUUCACACCCAACAACAAACGGCACCAAGGAACACAUCACAUUUGUUCCCUGCAGGAUGGUUCCCUGGCUAAAAACGGAAUACAAGAUAUGAACUGCUGCUCACUGGAAUCGGACUGGAUCUACUUCCACCCGGAUGAUUCUGGAAGAAUUAUUCAUGUUGGUCCAAGCACAAUAAAUGUGCUGAAGAUACUAAAAACACAGGAGUGCUGUUCACAGUCAGAGGUUGUUCCGGAAUUUUCUAUCACAGCUCAUCGAGUCAACAAUCAGACUGCAUCCAAGGACAGUGUCACUUCUUCUGGCCGAGUCGUAAAGAGGAGGUAUCAUCAACUGGAUGACGACCCAGGGCAAGAGACGUUCAGGAUGGUGGAAUAUGAAGAUGAGCUUGACCUACUUGCAGUUGUGGAAGUGAUGAAUACGGAGGAGGAAGGGAAGGCCCAUGUUUGUCUCCAUGACAACCAGACUGGGAUGUUUAAGAAGAAAGUCCCUCUAGUGGAAUCCUGGGAUGUGACGUACAGUCACAAGUUAUUCUUUGACCUGGAAACAAUUAUUCACAUUGAACAGAAAAAGCAUAACCAGUUCUGCUGUCAUGUAUACAAAAUCACCUGCAGACGACCAGACUGAAGACAGUAGUGGACGAGGGAAUACAAUUGCUUAACACUGCUUAAUCCUGCUCAAUUGCUUUACUGGUGUUAAUCUGGGUGAGCCAAAAUACUGUAUACCUCAACCACAUAAAUCAGCAUGGCUCUCUUAAUUGAAUAUUUGUUUGUGAUUUAGUGUAUUUCAACUUCUUAAAACGUAUAUUUCUUUAAUGAGACUUGCUUAAAUAUCCCUUAAGAAGAGCUGGUUGAUCUUGUGAAAUGACUUGCUGGCAUUAAAUUAAAUUAAAACCUUUUGCAAAUGCAUUUGAUGCUGUAUUUUAAAUAUAUUUAAAAUAUCAUAUGUUUAUGGCUUAUAUGCUUUCUGAAUUUAAAACACAGCAGGGACUUGGGGAGGUAUGCUGGUGAGUAGUUUAAAAAACUUUGAUCCCCCUGGUCAAACUGCAUGUUUUUGUUGAUUUUCUAAGUGAAGAGAAGUUGACACAAUCUCUGUAGAGAACAAAAGGCAAAAGAGAAAAGGUUUUAUUUUUUUGAAUUUUUAAAGUCAGGUUUUAGAAAUAUGCUGAGAAAUAUUAAAAUAUUCAGAAAUAUGUCAUGUUUAAGUUUGUACCCUGCAGAAGUUGUGUUAGUUUAUCAGAUUCAACAGAGUGUUUGACCGGCGGUGCCUACCACUUUUGCAUGCCACUCUGUCUACAGUCAGGUUCAGAAUUAUUAGCACCUUUGAUGAAGAUGCACAUAAAAGACUGUAGAAAAUAAUACAAUUACUGAGAUAUAUUGUAUUCUUCCCAAAUGUGGAAAAUGCUGUACAUAACGGAUAGAUCCUGUCCAUUGUUCCUAUUUUUCAACUGACUUUUGCAGCCAUGACAAUAAUUUCUGAUAAACCACAAAUAAAUUGAAUGUUUUAAAAUGGA